UACAACUAUGUUUAAUAACAAAAUAAAAUAGCGAAAUUAAUGAAUUACAAGUUACAAAUACACCAAAAUAAUAAAAAAAUGGAAUAAAUGUAAAUAACUCAGGCACGUUCGUACUCGCCGCUAGAAGCGCCGGAGAUGGGUUUUCAACCCUUCCGGGCGGCUGGAAACAAAAAAAAAAACUCUCUGCUCGGCAAGUGCGAGGCGAGACAGAAGAUGAAGAUCGAGCCGAGGAGAAAGGAGAAGUUUGAGUCUGCCUUCGCUCGUCGUCGGCACCGAAGAAGAAGUUCGCUCGUCGUAGCCGCCAACCUCUACUUUCGUUCUCUGCCCAGCCGUAAUUUGCUUCCGACGUCACCCAUCUUCGUUGCCGCCCGAUUUACCAUGGGAACGGACAUGCUGCGAGGGUUGAGGUUGGUGGCGGCUGCCGGAGAGAAGAAUCCACAGCGACAGCGGCGGGGUUGAGGUUGGCAAUGUCUGGGCAGGGUAACGGAUUGUUUGAUUAGGGUUUUGGUUAGAGAUUGGGGUUAGAGGGUAAGAUUGUCAAUUUGAUGUAUUUUAGGGCGACAAAUAUUGAAUUUUAGGGCGACGAAUAGCAAUCCAGUAAUAAUUAACAUAACAUUUCAGGCAAAUCUCAUUUCAUGCAUAAAGUACUGUAAUAUCCACCCAAGUCGCCAAGACAAAAUCUGUGAUGGUUUGAUGCAACAAGACAUAAAUUUUUAAUUUGUAGUAUGCGUCACCAAGACAAAAUCUGUGAUGAUUUGACGCAUACUACAAAUUAAAGAGAGAAGUGUAAGUGUGUCACCAUAAUAUCCACCCCAAGUCGCCAAGACAAAAUCUGUGAGGAUCUGGCCUAAAGCAGACAAUAUUUUGUCGAGAAAAUAUUCAAGAUGUUACGCUUAAUAUCUAUGGUCCGAACUAUAUGUUAAUAAAUUAAUUUGGCUAAA